GUUGUUGUUAAGUCCUGACUUGCCCUUUAUAGACGUGAUUGGAGUUUUUUUUUUUACUUUAAGGAAACAGGAGGAAAAUAAAGUUGUAUAUUUUGUGAAGCGAGGAGGGACAAGGUUACUGUAGUUAGGUUUCAGUUUGUUAAUUUUGGACACUUAAAAAUUAAAAAUAAAACAUGGAGACAUACGGCGCUUCAAAUGCCGGGGGUGCCUUCGACUUCAUACAUUUUGCGCAACAGUCGCAAACUAUUUCACGGGUUUUGAGUUGGGUCUUUGCCAUCAUAGUGUUUGCGUGCAUCACGGAGGAGGGCUACAUCAACCAACCGAGCAGCUCGGAGCAGCAAUGUAUCUUCGGCGGGAGUCUGGAUGCCUGUCGCUACGGGGUGGGCAUUGGCUUGCUGGCCUUCCUCACCGCCACCGCCUUCUUCAUCCUCGACAUCUACUUCCCACAGAUCAGCAACGCCAACAAGAGGAAAUACAUUGUCAUUGCCGACCACGUCUCGUCAGGUGCAUUGUCAUUCCUGUGGUUUGUGGGAUUCUGCUUUCUGACCAAUAAGUGGGUGACGAUGGCAAAACCCCCCCUCAUUGGAUCAGAUAGUGCAAGGGCCGUUAUUACCUUUAGCUUCUUCUCCAUCUUCACCUGGGGACUGCUGGCAUACUUUGCCCUGAGAAGGUACCGUAAGGGAAUGGAGGAGUUUCCCCAGAACUUUACUGACCCAGCCCCCAACACCACAGCCAGCUAUGCUGGAUACCCUCCAGUUGGCGUCGAGAGCUACCAGCAGCCUCCCUUCGUCGCAAACCCAGAGCCGAGCAGCGAGGGGGGGUACCAGCCUCCAGUCUACUGAGAGGUUUAACACAGAGCCUGGACCAAUGACAAAGACUGGGCCUGGCGCCAACAAUCUGUCGCUAGGAGGAGUUCAUAAAGGCCUGUUUCUGAAUUCUUACUGUUUAUGGUAGACAGAAGCAUUUUUAUUUGGAAUAUGUUAAUUUCUCAAACUCAAAAAAGUGUUUGCAUAAACAAAUCAAGUUUUUUUUAUCAUUAGGGAUUUGAAUAAUUUUUGCAGUCUUCAUUCAUAUCAAGUCUUAUUUCCCUAAAAGCACUACAACACUACAACUAUAGUAUUAAAACAUAACAACCACAUUGUGUGAUUAUAUAUAUUUUUUCUACAGUAGUAAGUGCAGUCUCCAAGAAAAUACCGCAGGUGUUUUAAAUUAGUUUUAAAUUAGUUGAAUUGGUUUCACCUAUACAGUAAUCAGCUUGUUUCUAAACACACUCCAGAUCUACAGGUAGUAUAAAGCCAUCCUAUUUGAAAUAAAAAAUAAUUUCAAUCCCAAGUUUAAGUAAAAUAUAAUAGAAUGGGAUGAGCAAUAGCUAAAUCUAUUAAAUCGCAUCUUUUCAAAAUAAAAUAUGAUCAUUACAUUUUUUAUUCCCUGAAGCAUCACAAGAGCAGAGAGCAUGCAAGAUAUUGAGAGACCCUUCUCCUUUAUGUACUCCUGUCCUAUAUUAUUAUUAUUAUUAUUAUUAUUAUUAUUAUUAUUUUACUUGCAUGUCAGUACAAAGGUUUGAGAGCAAAGGUCCAGCCCUUUCUUACUGUCUGCGUUGCAACGGCCAGGCCUAGUGAGCUGCAGCGGGUAUGUCCGUGCGAGGAGUGGAGAACAGAACUAGCUGUCACAUCGAAACCUCUUCUGAGGUCAUGGGUGUUCUACCCUGUGGAGUUCUCCCUGGACUCUGUGUCUGGAAGCAGUGUGUGUUCCGUGCAGCAGAAGCAGGGCUGAUGGGAGUUUGACCAGCUCUUUAGCCAAGUCGAGUGCUCUGCUUACCUGGGCACAGCAUCCAGGGAGAGCCCUGGUCUCUUAACUGUUUUUAAAAUCAGGAUUGUAAAUAAACUCUGUAAAUUGUGCUCUUCUCCAAACCCAUCUGCCGCUAGUAGCCUUCAAGCAUUGAUAUCACUAUAAAUACAAAGUUCACGGUGUGGAUACAAUGUACAAUGUACCUUAAUACUGCCUUAAUACUGCAACGGACGCUUAUGCCUGUUCUUGUUUUGAUACGCUGUGCAUGCGUUUGUGUGUGUAUAUAAAGGACAAACUUUGAUUGCCUCACUAUAUUUUUUUUAGUUCAUAUUUUACAGAUCUGUGUGGUCUAUACAAUUAAGAACUUAACUUUUUUUUUAAGAGGACAUGAUUUAGAUAAAUUGAUUUAAAAUAUAUGAAG